ACACGCACCGGCAACUCCACACUGUUCGCUGGACCUCGAUGAACUUUCUGUCUGGAGUAACUUUUAUAAGGAAAAUAAGGACAGAUAAACCGACGUGGACUCGGACCCAGUGAAAGCUGAGACACGUAGGCGUCACGCUGGAGAUAUUUACGACUUUCUGUGCUUCGGGGAACUCAACAAGUUGCCAUUUUUUUGUAUUAAGCAGCGGUGAACCGUGAACCGACGCUCCGACAAAAAAGAGGAGAAGUGAGUCGUCAGCACAACAGCUAGUUUGAGUCAUAAAUAGUUUCAACACUUUUUAAAAGGAGGAUUAAUGACUGUUUUCUCUCACAUAAGUGCGUGUUCCGCUUUAGUUUGACUCACUGGCAGACACUCAUUCUUCAGGACAGCUGCCUGCCUUCAUGUCCGCCGGGCCCCGCGGCUGGAGCAGCUGACCCGGGCAACCGCUGCAGUUAGUCGGCCCCUGUCAGGUGAAGGCGUGGCGCUGGGCGGAGGUGCUUUGUUCAUCCACACCUGAAUGAGCGCGUUUUUGUGUAGUAACCUGAGACCGUGUUCAGGAACUGUUCUUGUGGUUUAUUCUCCUUAGAUGAAAAUCUUUACCCAGCAGAGGAUCUGUUUACCACCUCACGAGCCCAUGUCGCGCGGACACGCUAUGGACCGUAAUGACAGAUCGCACUUUUUCGAGGUUUGACCCUGUAGGACCGACGCGUGAAAACUGGGUCAGAGCUGUUUCGGUGCUUAACUGUUUGUUGACCGGUUGGAUAUAUCGAGGUCAUGGCGCUGUCUCAGGUUCAGUGUCUGGACAAUCACCACGUCAACUGGCGCGUGAGCGAGAGCAAACCGGAGUUUUUCUACAGUGAGGACCAGCGGCUGGCGCUCGAGGCUCUCGUCAACAACGGCCGCGAUGCGUUCACGGAGUACAUCAGCAAGAACGAGGUCCGGCAGUUCCUCUCGGAACCGGAGCAGGAGCGCAUUGUACGCACAGUGGAGCUUUACCGGCCCGGGCACGAGCAUCACCAGAAGCCGGAGACCCCAGUCACCCCUGGGCCAGGGAACCACACCCCGGGGUCCGGGGACGAUCUGGGAGAUUGUGAGGUGUCGCUCCAAUACUGGCCGGAUCGGUCUGAGGCCUCAGUAGCGGAGCUGGACCUCGGCUGGCCCGAUGCCAUUUCAUAUCGAGGGGUCACGCGCGUGACCGUGUACACCCAACCUCCAACUGAGGGGCAAACGCACAUCAAGGAAGUGGUGCGCAAGACCAUUGCAUCAGCGCAGAGGGUGAUAGCCGUGGUAAUGGAUGUGUUUACAGAUGUGGAUAUCUUUCGGGACCUGCUGGAUGCAAGCUACAAACGCAGGGUUCCUGUAUAUAUAAUUAUUGACACGGCUGCAGUCCCCUGCUUUCUUUCCAUGUGUGGCAGAGCUGGUAUGCACCGCGGACACCUAAAGAAUCUACGUGUGCGCUCCUGUGGAGGUGUGGAGUUCUUCACACGGUCGGCACAAAAGGUGCGUGGAGCACUGAGUGAGAGGUUCCUCCUAGUGGAUGGAGACAGAGCCAUCUCUGGUUCAUACAGCUUCACCUGGUCCUCAUCUCGUUUGGACCGUAACCUCAUCACUGUGAUAACAGGACAGGCGGUGGAGACUUUCGACCUGCAGUUUCGUGAGCUUUACCUCCUGUCCAGAGGUGUGUCUCUCAGCAAGGUCCCCAUGGUAGAUGAGCCAAUCCCCGACCCGCUUCCUCAGGCAGCUCCUGCUCCAGUGUCAACUGCUGUGGCCAGGAAGCUCAUCAAUCCCAAAUAUGCCCUUGUUGCCACGGGGACCCACACAAGUCCCUCUUCUUCUGACCAAAAUUCCAGCAACAAGAACUCCCAGAAUCCCACUGGGCUAAAGUUAAUGAAAGGACGUCUUAAGGAAGUCAUUGAGGAGCCACCUUUACAUCCGGGAUUAGCACAUCUGGAGAAAGCAUACCUGAUCCCGUACCUGCCCACCUGGCCAGAGCCAGACCCACCAAGUGACGUGAUUGGCUUUAUCAACAUCAGGGAUGAAAAACGAGCCAAUAAGGUUCACUUACAGAGGUCAGAGAGGUUUGAGGUCAGCCAGGCUAUACGCUUCAGGGCACCAUUGGCGCUACCGCCACAGAAAGAAGAACCAGCUGCAAGGCGGGACGCAAAAACUGCAGGAGCAGCAGAAAAUUCACCUGGGAAUACAAGUGCAAAUGCCUCAACUCCCGUGAGUCCAAUCAAAAAAGAGCUCAAAGAGCAAAUGCACACAGAUCACAACAAAGACCAAACUGAUGCAACUGAUUCCAGAGCGCCCCCUCAGCAGCCCGACACACACAAACCAAAUGCACCACCACCAUCUAAUGUUCCUGCUGAUUCACAGCCAACAGACAGCACUAAAGAAACUCCAGAGGCUCAAACUGCAGAACCCCCAGUUCCUAAACGCCGCACACUGCAGUUAGUCAUAGACCCUGCCUCUCCAGAGGAGCCUGGCCAACCUCAGAUCACUCUGAUGAAAAUGGACGAAUUAGAAAGCCUAGACAGCUUCAACAAAAAAAGAAACCAGAGGGAGCAGAUGCCACUCCGUGGCCGUCUAACAUCAAAAGACGACGGGGAAGAUUCUGGCAGCACCGCUGAGGGCAGCCAAGACAGCACCAAGGUCAUGUGUGACCGAGCAGUCAAUGAAGAUCCAUCAAGUAACUCCACAGCAUCAGACGAGGAGUUUUAUGAAUGUCCCCAGCAGGAGCCAAGUGACGAACGGAGCAAUGGCGUGACGUCAGGGUCAGGUCGCGGGCAUCGCCAAGGGGACGGGGUCAACAUGAUGGCCCGCUUCUCCCAGAGCAUGUUGGAUCUGCGUGAGCCUGUCCCAUCAGAAGACAGCUCUGCCCUCAUCCGCCAAUCACAAAAGCUCCGCAGACAAGGACAACCCUCACCGCAUAGGCACAUAGGACAGCUGUUCCAGACCUCAAAAUCGCCAGGUCGUGAUGCACGACAAAAAGGGCCCAAAGUAAUAAUUGCCAAACCAGGAAGUUUUCACCGCCCUACCCGAGCAGCUGUCCCUGUGAUUGGAGGACACCGUUACUGGCAGGGUCAAUUGCUACAGCCAGACUCGGCCCGGCUACGCGUAGAAACACGCUCCGGUCGGUCACCACGACGCCACAGCCCGGGCUACAGGAAGACGGAUCACUCCUCGCCUCAGCCACCAGCCAACCCUUCAGGGCUUCUAGGAGUAUCUUUCUCAAAACUGAACAAUUUUAGACACUUAAGGGCACGAGGUGGAGGGCCGCAGAAGAAAGCAUCUCAAUAUAACAAGGCUGACAGGUAGAACUGUGGGCUGGCACAGGUACACAAGGAUGAUUGCUGACAUACAGACUUCCUGCUAAGAAAGUUGUGACUCUCCAGUGUGGAAUAUGCUUUCUUUCUGAUGUGUCAUUUCCUGUUUUUAAACCCUGAAGGUCAACAUUAAGGACUAUUUAAUUGAGAAUUUUUCGACUAUGCCAACAAGAGUUAGCAGUUUGAUUUGAUGUUACAUUAAAAGAUAUUGUCUGUAAAUGAAUCAUAUCACCUUCCAAACCAAUACUUCAUGGUUAAAAUGACUGGAUAGUCUCAGUAGUUUCUGAAAGAUAAUGAAUUUUAGAGGGAGAUACAGAUAUCUCGAAGGAAAUGAACCUACUCUUUUUUAAGGGAUCCUUUCAAGAGUUGUGCUAAGAUUUCUACUAUAUACAGGGUAUUUUGUUGAUGAUAAUCAGUCUGCUGUUGGUCAGCUGUGAUAUUCUUCUCUGCCAACUCAGGCACUACAGUUUUGUAACAAUCCUUUGAACAAAUAUUUCUUAAUUACCUCAACUGCUUUCCUUUUUCUGGAUUUUGUACUGUAAAUUGUAUUUUUCCAAAUCCAUUCAACAUAGAUGCAUUGUGUCUGUGAGAUCACCCAAUUAUGUCUCCUUACUGAGUUGAGAGUCAUGUUCUGGUGAUUGGUUACUGAUGGUGUUCGGGUGGGGCUGCUGUGUUGAUGGUAUGUAUGAAAUUGUAAACACUGAUGUGGGACCAAAAGAAAAUGUUCUAAAUAAAAACGCAGAUUGUUGCUGUCUCAG